AUGCUGAGAGCAAGAAAAUUGUCCAGAGGGCCUGCAGUAGCCAUUUGCAACAAGGUCAUCUACAAUACAACAAAACUCACUAUCUCAAGGCAUCAAUCAACUGCAGAGCCACCAAUUGAGAAGGAGAAAAGGAAUGUGCUAGUUCCCUGGUAUGUGAGCAUGGUCAACAGAGAGAAAUUAUUACAACAGCAGACUCCAGUGAUGGAUCAGAUAGUUGAAUUUCCAGAACAUUCACCUCACUCUUUAAUUCGAAUUACAAACUUUAUCAAGAACAAAUUAGGUAUUACAGAUAUAAAGAUAUUCGAUUUGAAACAACAAAAACUUUCAGAGCCUCAUGAACGUGAAUUCACCACUGCAGUGGCAGAGAUUUGUGAUUACAUGGUCAUCGGUACUGGAAAAUCGAGUAAGCAUUGUAAUAGCACUUUCAUUGAAUUGAAUAAAGUUUUAAAAUCUGAAUAUAAUACGAUUGCCUCUGUAGAAGGUAAUAUUAAUGCAAAUGAUGAGAGAAAAAGGAAGAGAAGACUAGAGAAGAAAAAUAACUAUUCAAAAGCAUUGGGUAAUACAUUACUGUCUUCUUCGAACAAAGAGUCAUGGUAUAUGAUUGAUUGUAAUGUCGAUAAUAUCUUCGUUAGUAUUUUAACACCUAAUAAGAGAACAAUUAUGAAGUUAGAAGAAUUAUAUUUACCAGCUUCACACGAAUCGCCGGUCAAUGAAGAUCUCAAUGAAAUUACAAAUGAAAACCCCCUAGAUACUCAGCCUGGCUCUAUGAUGGAUGUUAAUGACGGUAAUAAUGUUUUAGCUGGAUUAAAAAGAUUGGCUCUUCAAAACAAAAGAAAUUAUUCCACGGUGAGUCAAGCGUGUGCUACUGAAAAUAAAAUAAAACAUAUUUUAAGGCAGGUCGAUGAGAAUAAUCUUCGCACCAUGUCCUCAGAUCUUAUAAAAAUAUUAAACAUACCUCAAGAUAAUCAAAUAAUAAUUUUAGAAUUCAUUAACAAAACUUUAGAGUCUAUGAUCAAAACUUCAAAGGAUAACUUGAAUAUUGGCUCUUUAAAAUUAUUUUUUGAUUACCAUUGGCCAAUAAGCAUGGAACCAACUAAGUCUAUCAAAUAUUGGGAGAAAAGACAAUCGUUUCUCUAUCUUUUAAACGAAAUUGAUCCAGUAAACUAUGGUCCAAAACAAUAUUAUUGUGAUUAUUUAGUGACAAAAGUAGUUUCAAAUUCUGAUAUUACAACUUUUGAUUUUGAAUCAUUCUUAAAAUUGACAAUUCGAUCAAUUGAACGUAUUGAGGAUCCGAAGUACUCUGAUCUCGUGAAAUAUAAUCACUAUUUGGUAAAAUCACUUAAGUUAAUUCGGAAUUAUUUGAUCUUAGACAAUGGAGAAACGAUAUCUUUAUUAUUAAACACCAUGAUUAUUAAGAAUAAAAAUAAAAAUACAAAUUUAAAUGCAUUAUAUGAGGUUAUUGAUUAUUUGGUAUCUAUCUCUAGUGAACGUAAAGUUAUGCUAGAUAAAUCUAUCGUGAUCCCAAUAAUCAAUACUUUAGCCGAGGUGAAUUCUUGGUACUCUAUUUGGAAAAUAUGGGAUCAACUAGGAUACAUGUCGUCAUAUAAAAAUGACACAAGGCCAUGGUAUGAUCUGAUUAAUUUGGUAAUUAAGAAGGGGGAUAAAUCAGUACAUGAGCACUUUAUCAAUAGCGAUAUGCUAAUGUGGAUAAAACGUAAUGAUGUCCUAGUUGACGAUAAAUUAGGCUCAGCUAUCACUGAGCUGUUCCAACUUGUAAAUAAUGAAAACUUUGGUAAUGCUGAUUUGAAGAAGUACUUACUCUCACAUAAUGAAUGA